CACAUCAAACUGCCAGAAGUGCCGAGUGGUGCCUGCUAGGCAGCGUAGUGCUAGCAAUGUUGUACGACCUCUCGUCGUGCCUUUAUUCCCGUGUACCUGCUUUAGGCCAGCCACAGCUCAUCACCACCACCACAACAAUACCACCACACCACCACAACAGCUUCCCCUCAUCGCCACGUGUUAGUAGACAGUCAACGUGCCGUCUUGUGUAGUGUAGGAGGUUGUGUAUUAUUGGAGCUGAUGCGGUGGUGUAAGACAAGAACAUCACCAGAAACAACAGGCGGAGGCUUAGUGUACACGACGAGUAAUGCGUAUUAUGCUUGUGUAUAUACGGGAGUUACUAUGUAUAAAGAUAGACGGCUACUUUUAGUCCAGCACAACUCGCCCACGCGGCACUUUGCGCACCGCACCACACUGAUUGAUUACCGGCCGCGGCAUUCCCACGGGGCAAAGGAAUUCUUAGGCACAGCCUAUCACAUAAGCUGGACCAGGGAGCUGUUCCUGCUCGGCAGAACAUCCUCGCUUAUUCGUCGUUUCGCUGGCCAGGGCCUUUUUCGGAGCGCGUCAGAAGGAAGGGCGAGCAGGGACAAAUCUUUACAUGUUCCCCGAGCAAACCGGCAAAGCAAGCCGACACGACCGAACGAUCCCUCACGACAAACAGGCGAUUCGCCAAUCGACACGUUGUACCCGAGCAGGCCCGAGGUGCCCAAUAUCGCAGUUGGGUUUUAUGCCAGCUUGGCUUUGAGGGGUAAAACAGGUGAACGACAUGCACGGACAUGCAGCUCGCCAUGUACUUACAUGACAUGUAUACUCAAUCUGGAAAUCUAUAUGUUGCAUAUUAUAGCUCAUGUGUUCAGACCAGGUGUUCUAAGCAGGUGAUGAUUAUUUAUCACUUCGACAUCUGAUUAAUUGGCCUGGAGGCUCUGUGAUCAGUGACUCACCAGCUAGGGUUCCUUGACGCUAGCAGCGCGGCCAAGGGUCUGCCCGGUAUUACCAUUGUCGCCAUUGCUCAA